CCACAACCUCCCUCACAGACUCUGUCCCGACACUGUCCUCCCGAAAAUCUCCAUUGCUUUCUCUGCAAAGGCAGGCACCUCAUCUUCAAUCUCCCCUCUCCGCAAUUGCGUCUCGCUGCAAUUGCUCCUUUCCAUAAAAUACCCUCAAUUACAUCCGCAACAAUGUUCCGGAACGCCCUCCGCCAGUCCACGCGCGCUGUCGGCGCCGUGUCUGCUGCUGGCCGUGUCUCUGUGACCCGAAAUGCCGCACCCGCCGCCAUCAACGCCGCCCGCGCCUACGCCUCCGAUGCUAAGGCCUCUCCCACCGAGGUUUCUUCUAUCCUCGAGCAGAGAAUCCGUGGUGUCCAAGAGGAGUCUGGUCUCGCCGAGACUGGCCGCGUUCUCUCCGUCGGUGACGGUAUCGCCCGUGUUCACGGUAUGGCCAAUGUCCAGGCUGAAGAGCUCGUUGAGUUCGCCUCCGGUGUCAAGGGCAUGUGCAUGAACUUGGAAGCCGGCCAGGUCGGUGUUGUGUUGUUCGGUUCCGAUCGUCUCGUCAAGGAGGGUGAGACCGUCAAGCGUACUGGCCAGAUUGUCGACAUUCCCGUCGGUGAUGCUAUGCUUGGUCGUGUCGUUGAUGCCCUCGGUAACCCCAUUGAUGGUAAGGGCCCCAUCAAGUCCACCGAGAGACGCCGUGCCCAGCUCAAGGCUCCUGGUAUCUUGCCUCGCAAGUCCGUCAACGAGCCUGUCCAGACUGGUCUUAAGUCUAUUGACGCCAUGGUUCCCAUCGGUCGUGGUCAGCGUGAGUUGAUCAUCGGUGACCGUCAGACCGGUAAGACUGCCGUUGGUCUUGACACCAUCCUUAACCAGAAGCGCUGGAACAACACCAACGACGAGAAGAAGAAGCUCUACUGUGUCUACGUCGCCGUCGGCCAGAAGCGUUCUACUGUCGCCCAGUUCGUCAAGACUCUUGAGGAGAACGAUGCCAUGAAGUACUCUAUCGUUGUCGCUGCCACCGCCUCCGAGGCCGCCCCUCUCCAGUACCUUGCCCCUUUCACUGGUGCUACUUUGGGUGAGCACUUCCGUGAUUCCGGACGUCAUUCGCUCGUCAUUUACGACGAUCUUUCGAAGCAGGCUGUUGCUUACCGUCAGAUGUCUCUUCUCCUCCGUCGUCCCCCUGGUCGUGAGGCUUACCCCGGUGACGUUUUCUACCUCCACUCUCGUCUUCUCGAGCGUGCUGCCAAGCUCAACGAGAACCACGGUGGUGGUUCCAUGACCUCGCUCCCCGUCAUUGAGACUCAGGGUGGUGAUGUGUCUGCCUACAUUCCCACCAACGUCAUUUCCAUUACCGAUGGUCAGAUCUUCUUGGAGUCCGAGCUCUUCUACAAGGGUAUCCGUCCCGCCAUUAACGUCGGUCUUUCCGUCUCUCGUGUCGGUUCCGCUGCCCAGCUCAAGGCCAUGAAGCAGGUUGCUGGUUCCCUGAAGCUUUUCUUGGCCCAGUACCGUGAAGUUGCUGCCUUUGCCCAGUUCGGUUCCGAUCUUGAUGCCGCCACCAAGCAGACUCUCAGCCGUGGUGAGCGUCUUACCGAGCUCCUGAAGCAGAAGCAGUACUCCCCCAUGGCCGUCAACGAGAUGGUUCCCCUCAUCUUCGCUGGUGUCAACGGUUACCUCGACGCUAUCCCCGUCAGCCGCAUCCUUGAGUGGGAGGCCGAUUACCUUGCUUACCUCAAGACCAACGAGACUGAGCUCAUUGCCACCAUUGACAAGGAGGGUGCUCUCAGCAAGGAGACCGAGGCCAAGCUCCGCGACGUCACCAAGAACUUCAUCAAGAGCUUCCUUGGUUAAAAUGUAUCGCAAAAAUCCUGUGGAGUCGUUACUUAAAGCGUGUUGUCAGCUGUGAAGAGAGAAGUUUUUCGGGGAUGCUGCCGCUGUCCGGAUGGACUUCUCUGGUCUUUAUUUUUUGUCCAUCAACAUGACAGAUGCAGCAUCAUCAGCAACGCAUUGUGAAUAGGAGAUUUGUCGGUCGUACUACUACCACUACUACUUCUACUACUUGUAAAAUAGAGCUUAUAACUCAAAGAUAAUUCUCUAUGUCCUUUGUUAUUCU